AAUGAAGUUCGUGGGAUUUAAAAUGAUUUUUAUCAUCGCAUUGUCCUUAAUGGGAUCGGUUGUUAAUUCGGAAGAAACUAGCGAUUUCAAACUACCUACUAAUUUCAAACCCGUCAACUAUGAACUGAACGUGACCACGGACUUGGACGAUAAAUUCAUGUUUGAAGGAGUAGUUUGUAUUCGCAUGACAUGCGUAGGAGCUACCGAUACCAUAGUGUUGCAUUCGACCAGUUUGAACAUCGAUACCAAAAGUGUUGUUGUGGCCAACUGUGAUGGAAAUGUCAUCCCAGUGGGCAGUGUGUCUUUUGAUACAGAUAAAGAACUUAUGCACGUCAAGUCAACCGCAAACUUUAAGCCCUGUGACGAAUACUUGCUGACUAUACCAUUUACCGGAAAUCUCACCGAUGAUGUAGUAGGUUACUAUAGAAGAAGCUACGUAGACACGGAAAGCAAUCAAACGAGGUGCGGUACUAUAAAAAUUUUAAUACAAUGCACAGCACAAGUCAUAAAUAAAUAUUGUUAAAACAACAUGGUUUUAGAUCGGGCCGUUCCAUACAAAUCUUAAUUAAUUUCAUACUUUUCUUAUUGAUUUCAUUGAAAGUGGCUGCCAGGUCAAUAUAAUUUAUAAUGAUUUUCAUAAAGCAUUUGACAGUGUCAAUCAAUCACUAUUAUUAAUAGGACGCUACACAGGCAAACGAAACCGAGCAAUGACCAAGAGAAUGCGCUGUUAGGUGUUUUCGUGAUCCACAAGCACGCGACUGAUAUGUAA